AUGUUUCCCCAUCGACUGUCAACAAAUGCAGGCCUACUUUUCCUUUGUCCUCCUCCCCCAACACCCUCUAUCGCUGUCUUCAUGCACAUGGCACAUUCCUAUGAUGUGUCAGCAGCCAUGUCUCUUUGCUUCUCUUCCACUCCAACUCUUUCACAGUCAUCUCAAGGCAUUUUCAAGAAAGUAGUCAUACUUGAAAUCCUCCUAUUACACUUUUCUCCCCACUUCUCUUGUCCCCCCCCCCCACUUCACCCUCUCUCUAUCAUUUCUUUUUCCUCAAGCCCUCUCUCUUUAUUUCUCUCAUUCAGUUCAAUAACACCCCAUUCUUCUUUCUUGUUUAUCUCUAGAGUGGCUGAAAAUGUAGAUGAGCAGGAGUCUUGGUUAGGCUGCCUUCUUGAUUUGCAGAACGAUUCCUACCACUUUGAAUAUGUAUGGCAAGUGACCAUGAAGCCCAAAGGUCUUGGAGGGACAAAGAAUAUGACUGGUCAAUUCCGUCUCUGCCUGACCAAUAGAGAGGUCAGUUUAGUACGGCUUAAUUCAGAAAUUCCUGAGGUCACAUUCCAGAUUGGUUAUAUUCGCCGUUGUGGUCAUCGUGAUUGUUUAUUUUUCAUGGAAGUUGGACGCUUGGCCCCGACAGGACAUGGAGAGCUAUGGAUGCAGGUGGAAGACCAAGCCACCGCCCGUAACAUGCAUGACUGUAUUCUUGGGGAAAUGAAAAAUCCAGCAAAUAAUGCAGAAUCUGGCAGUUUCCGCAGUCGUAGCUGUAGUAGCUCGGGGAAGUCGAUUGUUCCUCCACAGUGGACAAAUAAUGAACAUUCCUCAGAGAGUAUAUCAAUGUUCAACUCUGACCAAUACCCUUUCAACCGAUCUCGUACGGUCAGUGAAGGUCAGCAGCUCAGGUAA